CCGCUGCUUGUUUAUAAAAAUAUUACUAGUACUCAAUUAAAAUCAUACAUAAAAGGAGUAUUGUGUUUUUUUAGGGUAAUAUAUUACUCGUCCGAAUACCAAAACAAAGCUGCUGCGACUGCGAUAAGUUGGUGGAUGGCGAGCUCGGCGGCAGGUGGCGGUGGCGGAGAAGAGCUCAGCCGACACCUCUCUGCAAUUCAUCUUCAUCAUCAGCAGCACCCCCACUUUUACAACACAAACACAAUUACACAAACACAUGAUAUUCACAUUAAGAAGAAGCCUGGCAGAAAGAGGAACUAUCAAAACCCCUUCAUUUCUCCCUCUCCUCCAGCCCCCACUUUUCAGCCAGCAAAUAUAGUUGGUGAGGACAAGGGUAAGAGUGAUGAAACAACAACUAUUCAUGAAUAUAGCAACAAACACUCGGCUGGAGUAGAGCAUUCUCCAAAUUUAAAGGUAAUCAGAAAACCAAAGGUUUCCAUAGUCAAAUCUGAGCAAGAAUCAUACGCAGAGAAUGCUGAAAAUCUCAAUCUAGCUACUAGUUGCCGUUAUGAUAGUUCUUUAGGUUUGUUGACAAAGAAAUUUAUUAGCCUGAUACAUGAGGCUAAGGAUGGCACACUUGAUCUAAACAAGACUGCAGAUGUAUUAGAGGUGAGAAAGAGAAGAAUCUAUGAUAUAACUAAUGUUCUUGAAGGAAUAGGUUUGAUCGAGAAAACUGCAAAGAAUCAUAUCCGCUGGAAGGAUUUUGAUACAAAGCUCAGAGAAUCAGAAUUUCAUGCAGCUCAACUGAUGGCUGAGAUCAAAAGCCUGUAUGCUGAAGACAACAGAGUUGAAAAUCUCAUAAGGAAAACAAAAGAGCAACUACGAGACCUUAAAUUUGGUCAAACUUCUCAGAAGUAUCUGUUUGUGACGGAGAAAGACAUCAUGAGCCUUCCACAUUUCAAGAAUCAGACUGUAAUGGUGAUAAAAGCUCCACAUGCUAGUUAUGUUGAAGUUCCUGAUCCUGAUGAGGGGAAUUUUGCUAGGAAGGAGUAUAGACUUUUGGUUAGAAGUACAACGGGGCCAAUCAAUUUGUUUCUUUUAAGUAAACAUGAUGGGGAAGGCGAGGAUGAUGCUGUAAAUGACAUAAAAUUAUCUGAUGCAUCUUUUAGGAAUGGUGGAAGAUACCAGGAUGAAAACAACUUCCACUCGGAGGAGUCAAACAUGUAUAAGCUUGACAAAAUUGUACCUUCGGACAGCCAUAUUGAUGAUGAUUAUUGGCUUCGCUCAGAUGAUAGUGUCUGUGCAUCUGAUCUGUGGGGUACGAAACAUACCUAGUUGCUAUGAGUUUACCGGAGCUUCUGAACUCAAUAUGCAAUAUGAGCUUCUGAAGGUUGCAAAGUUAAAUAUACAGAUCAGAAUACUAUUGUCGCAAGAAUAUACUAUUACAGUGAAGUAGGAAUAAAUCCAAGCCACCAUUAGAUGGCGUAGAAGAUACAGCAAGAGCUAGUGUAAUGCCAGAACUGUUUCUUUCCCUCUAGUUAGAAUUGGAUAUUUCAUAACUGAAAUGCAACUGUGUAAAUCUUCUGUUCAAGUUCAAUGUACACCUGAGAUUAAGAUAUUUUCCUAUUUUAGAUCAUUCUAACCCUACAUCAGAUUAAUGUUCAUCGUUGUUUACCCC